AUGUUGCAGUCUCAAGUAACAUUGUUUAUUCUGUUUAUUUAUAUUUAUGAAAUAUCUUCUCUGUCAUAAAUAGAUUCUUAUUUCCCUCGGGAUAAAAAGGUAAUCAACGGUGUCUGUAAUUCAGUUUUGUACGUGAUUACUUGUAACAGUGUUCUAUAAUAAUAUUACAUACAGCACAUAUCUCGACGUGCAGUCCGGCGCCUUAUAAAAGCCGAACCUUCUUCUCAAGCAGCAGAUCACGUUCUCCUUUCCAAGAAGACAUCUUCCAUCUCGAGUUCACAAACCGAAAUCAUCAAAAUGGUGUCUAUCCGCUUCUGUUUUACAAUCAUUGUCGUUCUUUUCGUCGUCGCUGUCACCGUGAACGCUGCCUACAGGAAACCUCCGUUCAAUGGUAGCAUAUUUGGCAAAAGAUCGAACACUAUCACUGAUUACGAAAUCACCAGCCGUGCCAUGUCUUCGAUCUGCGAAACGGUCAGCGAGACAUGCAAUGCCUGGCUGGUACGACAGGACUCCAACUAACGAUACUAAACACGCCAGGAUUCAAUUGGACACGCCGGAUGCUAAUGUACUUAUUAUUCGAUCACUUCAUCAACGUGUAGCCUAUGAUAAUUGUAUUAAUAGUUAAUUCAACAAUCACUCUGAUGCUUUGAGAUUUGUUCCUAUCGUUCAAAUCACUCGUCCUCUUGUAACUAUGUCGCUUAGAUCUCAAUUAAUCUCACUGUGUACAUGUUUCUCAUGUAAUAAAGCCUGACAGUUCCUAAUA